AUGGGAAGGGGUAGGGUUCAGCUGAAGAGGAUAGAGAACAAGAUCAACAGGCAGGUGACGUUUUCGAAACGAAGAACUGGGUUGCUGAAGAAGGCGCAUGAGAUCUCUGUCAUGUGCGAUGCUCAGGUUGCUUUGAUUGUCUUCUCUAACAAAGGGAAGCUCUUUGAAUACGCAACUGAUUCAUGCAUGGAGGAUAUACUUGAACGCUAUGAGAGGUACUCAUAUGCAGAGAGACAGCUAGUGGAACCUGAUUUUGAUUCACAGGGUAACUGGCCCUUCGAACAUGCUAGGCUGAAGGUGAAAGUUGAGCUUCUGCAGAGAAACCUAAGGCACUAUUUGGGAGAAGAUCUGGAUUCAUUGAGUAUCAAAGAGAUCCAAAGUUUGGAGCAACAGCUUGAAACUGCUCUUAAGCAAAUUCGAUCAAGAAAAAACCAACUCAUGCAUGAGUCGAUCUCUGAGCUACAGAGGAAGGAGAAGGCAAUCAAGGAGCAGAACAACUUGCUUUCAAAGAAGAUUAAGGAGCACGAGAAGAAUGUAGCGGAAGCUCAGGAGGUUCAUGACUGGGAGCAGCAGCAGCAAAACCAUGGCCUUAACCUGCUAGCACAGGGUCCAAUUCCAUGUUUGAACAUGGGGGGCACUCAGCAAAAUGAUCAGUUCCUUCAGGUGAGGAGGAACCAGCUCGACCUUACUCUCGAGCCAUCGUUGUAUUCAUGCCACCUUGGAUGCUUUGCUUCAUGA